AUGGGUGUCAGAAUGGAUGUGGAGGGAGAGAUUGUGAGAGUAGAGGAGGAAGAGUCAGAGGAGAAAGAGCCGGAGGGGGGGGCGCUGUGGGCGGCGCUGGGCUGUGGGCGGCGCUGGGCUGUGGGCGGCGCUGGGCUGUGGGCGGCGCUGGGCUGUAGGGGGCGCUGUGGGCGGCGCUGGGCUGUAGGGGGCGCUGUGGGCGGCGCUGGGGCUCAGGCCUUGUCUCGGGCUCAGGUGGAGGCCGGGGAUGGCGAGCGGUGGGGGACUGUGACGGCGCUGUGGACUGAGGUGAACCGCUGCGGCCAAAGCGGGGAUUACAGCCGAGCCCUGAGAUCACUGAGCAAGAUAUUGCAAGACAACAAGGAUGAUGCGACCGCUCUGCAUUGUAAGGUGGUCUGCCUGGUCCAGAAUGGAAAUUUUAAGGAAGCUCUUAAUGUAAUCCAUACGCACACCAAAGUCCUUACCAGUGAUCUAAUAGCUUUCGAGAAGGCGUACUGUGAAUACAGACUGAACAGAGUUGAAAACGCAUUGAAGACUAUUGAAAGCGUUGAGAAGCACAGUGAUAAAUUAAAGGAACUAUAUGGACAAGUGUUAUACAGGUUGGAACGGUACGAGGAAUGUUUGUCAGUUUAUCGAGACUUGAUUCGAAACUCGCAAGAUGACUAUGAGGAGGAAAGGAAGACUAACUUGUCUGCUGUUGUGGCAGCAUUAAGUACCUGGGAGAAUUCCUCUCCAGAAGAUUUGGGCUUACCUGAGACUUCCUAUGAGCUGUGUUACAAUGCCGCUUGUACUUUGAUUGGUGAAGGCAAGCUAGCCAAAGCUAUGAAGAAACUUCAGGAAGCUGAAGAAUUGUGCCGUCAGUCAUUUUCUGAAGAUACUGAUAUGACUGAUGAGGACAUUGAUGCUGAGUUGGCUAUAAUCCACGCUCAGAUGGCAUAUGUAAUGCAGCUUCAGGGGCGAACAGAUGAGGCUUUGCAGCUCUACAAUCAAGUCAUCAAACUGAAGCCCUCAGAUGUUGGACUCCUGGCUGUGACUGCCAAUAACAUUAUUACACUAAACAAGGACCAAAAUGUUUUUGAUUCAAAGAAAAAAGUGAAACUGACCAACACAGAAGGGGUGGAACAUAAGCUCACCAAGAAACAACUGCAGACAGUGGAAAUCAACAAGGCUUUAUUAGCCAUGCACACAAAUCAGGUAAAAUAA